AUGCUUCGAGCCGAGACGCAGGCCGUCAAGGAAGAGGAGCCCGACGAAGUGAGCGAGGUCGACUUGACUCCAUUGUCCAUAGCUCCUCCAACGCCAAAGCUAGAACCCGAACCUCCAAUAACACCAUUGACCAUACACACUAAUCUGGCUAAUCUUCCUGGAACGCCUAACAGUGCUAAAAGCAAGAUCCUAGAUGAUAGAAGAUUACAUGACUUGCAAGAUGAAAAUGAAAUGCUCAAAUUACAAUUGCAUAAGGUCGUAGCUCAACUGGCCAAUACGGAAUUCACUUUUGCAGAGAAACUGGACAGAAUGAAUCUCACACACUUGAUGGAAGUCGAAAGAUUGCAAACUGAAACACAAGCUGAUGCUGCAGAGAUGAGAACUGUGAUAAACUCGUUAAAAGAAGAACUGGAAAGAACAAAAGAAGAAUUGAAAAGACAACACGACAUAAACUUGCUCAAUGGUAGUGGUGAUGUGGACAUCAUACUGCAACCAUCAUCGCCAAACUCGCCAUCAUUAUCACCAAACCAACCAAACAAAGAUAGUCCAGGUACAUUGACGAAUAGCAUUAUAACAGCUACAAAUGGAUCAUCUCCAUUACGAGAUUGGGAAUUAAAAAAGCUUCAGAUGGCCAAUGAACGAGAACGAGACCGUCUAAGUCUCGAGCUCAACGCAGCAAUGAAACGACAAAUGCAAUUGCAGACUGAAGUUGGCAUGGUUGAAGAUCAAUUGAUGCUUAUUAGUGGAAAAUACCAAGACGCAGUCGAAACAAUCGACGUGCUAACAAGAGAAAACGAAGACCUCAAGCAACAACUAGCAUCUCAACCAGACAUAUCUUUACACGAUGAUGAUAGCGAUGAUGACAUACAUCAUAUUCAUGUGCAUGAUGAUGAUGUCUUGUCCCACAACAACAACAAUCACAUCAAUAGCAUCGUCAACAAGAAAAAGUCAUUGGCAUCAUUAAACAAGUCUCCACAUAUAAAUUUGCUUGAUCUUGAUGAUUUGGGGCUGUGA